AUUUUGCUCGCUCUCGCUCCGCUUCCAUUGUGUGAGAGAUAGUAAAUAUCUGACAGACAACCACAACACACUUUGUAUCCGUGCGGGAGCGAACAAAAAAACCUUACAUUCAGCCUCGUGUUCUUGUCACGUUCAGGGCUCCAAACAUGUGAUACCUCGUCGUAAUGGCUCGUACCAAGCAGACUGCCCGUAAGUCCACUGGAGGAAAGGCUCCUCGUAAGCAGCUCGCCACCAAGGCUGCCCGUAAGAGCGCCCCCUCUACCGGUGGUGUCAAGAAGCCCCAUCGUUACAGGCCUGGUACCGUGGCUCUGAGAGAGAUCCGUCGGUACCAGAAGUCCACUGAGCUGCUGAUCCGCAAGCUGCCCUUCCAGCGCUUGGUCAGGGAGAUCGCCCAGGACUUCAAGACCGACCUGCGUUUCCAGAGCGCUGCCAUCGGAGCCCUGCAGGAGGCCAGUGAGGCGUACCUGGUGGGUCUGUUCGAGGACACUAACCUGUGUGCCAUCCAUGCCAAGCGUGUCACCAUUAUGCCCAAAGACAUCCAGCUGGCACGCCGCAUCCGCGGAGAGCGCGCUUAGACAGCCUAAUUUCUCACCUCUGUCCUCUUUUUCUUUACCUAUCCCUGCCCUCACUCUUUCACUCUACCCUCCACCUCCACCCAUCCCCGUCACCCUCCCUCCCCCGUGCCCAGCUUCUCUGUAGACUUUAGAGUAACCUUGAUUAUGAAGAGAUAGAAAUAUGUUGAAGUCUGGUCUCUCAUAGGUUUUCGUCUUCACCAAAUGUUUUUAGGGUACCUUUUUUGUGCAUGUAAAAGGUUUCGCGGAUCAGACGCACACGUGCACACGGUAAACAUCCAUCACCGGGUUUGGGUGGUGCCUCGAAACAUUAAGCCCACCUUUUCGAGGGGAAGGAAGCGGGUGUAGUUCGUGUGGCAAACAGAUCUGACGCAGAGGGAUGCGGCCGAGGGGCUAGUCUGCUUAAGGGGAGCUGCAACUUCCACAGCAGGGUGCUAUUAAAACUAGUCCCGAGGCCCCGUCUGAACACUCUCCUCCCUCCUCUACACCCAGACUUCCCCUCCACUCCACAGCUGCAGCCAGACCUUUUUCAAACUGGGAGGCGACGGUGGCUUGUCGGGUCUGUUUGUGUGGACGUGUGGAUGUCUGAUCUUUCAAAACCCACUUGUACUCAAAACAAACAAGAAUCUUUUGGUUGCUUAAGAAUAUUGAUUAUCGUUGUGGAUAUGGUGUCUAUUUUUUUUACACAUAUAAUUCAUGGAUGAGCGUCUCUUCUCUUUACCACUUCUAAAAUCGUCACAUUAAGAUUUAAAAACAAACAAUAAACAGUUUUUUUUGUUACAGUGAUCUGAUUCUCUAUAGAAAAUCAGGAAGGGCUUCUCUGUUUCACAACUUCGAAUCUAACGGCAGCCACACGGGGGCGAUGCUUCACCAUCUCCUCGUCUGUAGAUCAGUCCUCACUCUCUGCUUCUGUCUCUCUUCAUCUCUCCACAGUUAGGCUUUAGACUCGUCACAACAGUAUGAAUCGACAUUAUAGUGAAAGUUACACUCUGCAUGUUUAGUGUCCGUGUGUCUCUUGCACACUCUGUAGUUUCUGAGCAUUAAAAUCUGUCUCCCUUUCUCAAAAAAAAUUUGUGAUACACAAUAUAACCUCAUAUUUGUUUUCUUUUAUAUUUUUCUUAUUCCUCGAGAUUUUCAGACGUAUAAAUAAGCUGAUCUUUGUAUUUUCCAAAUUUCUCAUAUUAUGGUGGUAAUAAAUAGAUGUUAAAAGAAA